AUGGCCCAGCUCAAACUGACAUCGUUCCGUCAGCUAGUGGAAGCCUUCACGUUGAUCGGUAUACCGGGCGGCGUCCUCGGAUUCUGGCAAGCGGAGGCGCCAACCCUUUCCUGGGACGUCCAGCAGCAGCAGCAGGGUGGCCUCGAUGGGGCCACGGUUCAGGAGCGCGAGGCGCGAGGAGAACUGCUGAGGAUCACGCUAGAGGCGGGUGGAUUUCUGUGCGAAUCUAUCGCGCCUAACGGCACCCGACGGCGCAUCUUCACCAUCCGAGUUUCUAAGACCCCGACCGACCGCAUCAAUAUCGGCUUCUUCUGCUUGGAGAAGGAAUCCUCCCUCACCAUCGGCGGAGACGACGACAGCUGGGUGCCCGGAGACUCCAUGGCGGAGGCGCUGGCGCGUUACACCUUUGCCGUACCGGGAAGCACGAAGCGGACUCCGAUGCGCGCCUCGGGCACGAAGGCGUUCUUCCUCGAGCGCAACGACGGCCGCACCUGUCGCUACGUUAAGCUCACGGCCCCGCCGGCGUCCUCCCCGGGGGUGGUUGCUGCCGCGGGGGCGGUCAAGAACCUGUGCGGGCUGUGGUGCGCGCCGUACGGCAGCCACGGGCUGGAGAUCAUCCAGCUCUCGACGGACCCGUCUUGCUCCCCGGACGAGGAGACGGCGGCUGCGGCCGCGGCGGCGGCCGUUAAGGCAGCGACGGUCGCGAAGCUGUCUUCCCUCUCGCAGUCCUGGGCGGGAGGGAGAGGUGGGCCUCGAGGCUCCGUCUCCGGCUGCAGCACCAGCAGGAUGACGGACGGCAGCGAAAGCGUGUGCACGUCCACGCCCGCCACGGACGCGGACGGCAGCGAGGCGGGCUCCUGCGACGAGGCGGGGGGUUCAUCAGAGGCGGCCGCCGCCGCCGCCGCCGGCGGGGGCGAUGAUGACAGCAGCGACGGGGACGGCGACGGCGACGUCGAAAGCGUCCUCGACGACGUCUGCUUGGCCUCGAUCGCGAGGCGCAAAGGAAACAGCCUCCAUCAUGCUGACACCGGUACCGCCGGCAGCGGCGCCGGCGCCGGCGAUGCUAGCGUUCCCUCUCAGCUGUUCGGCUUCAAGGUGACCGGAGACGACAACGUCCCCGCCGGCAAGACCUCCUUCGUGAUCGACCUCUCGACGGACUUCGACGUCGACGAGGAGCUCCGGUCCGACUCGAGACCCGUCGUGACCUUCCUCCCCACGGGGGCCGUCAUGGCCAACCUGGCCAACAGGCGCCAGCAGAUCUCAUGCUGGCGCAACGGCCGCGGCCAGAUCAACCGAGUGCCCGGGCGGUGGUCGCCGGAGUGGGUGGACGUGGAGUUCGUCGAGUACAGAGCCGGGUCCCGGUGCGCGUUCUCCGUCAUCUUUCGGCAGCCCAACCAGGCGGUGAGGGUGGUGAUGGACUUCGAGAGGGCGCUCGGCUGCGAGGAGGAGUGGCCCCAGUGGUCGGCCGCCGCUCCCGCUCCCGCUUGCGCAGCUGGUGCUGCUGCUGCUGCUGGCUCGGACUCACCGUCGACGUCUGCUGCCUCCGGGGGUAGCGUCGCAUCCAGUUUUGAUUUUGUUUUUUCGCAGCAGCAGUGCGGCAGCGGCGGUGCAUGAUGCUGUUGGAGGCGCUCUGCGACAUCGCUUGGUUUUUAUAACCGGGGGCAGCCUCCGUCAGAGUGCCUCUCAUCUUUCUGAACAAUUUUUGAGUAACUGGAGAUAUCGCGCAACCUUAGGCAGCCUCCUGUAAUAUUCUCGGGCCCUCUCGGUCGCUAGAAUAAACCGGGAGCUUGGGGGCGAGUUGCUGUAGAUGGUAUCGUCCAUCAGCGCAGCAUCUGCCGCACCCAGCAGGGGCUCUAGGCUGUUUGAACGUCAAGCCCUCAAGUAACGUUUUUUUGAAACAGCCUGGUUUCUCGGGUUAGACUUGUCUGGACUUGGUUCAAGAUGGUACCUUGUGUUUUUGAAAUGUAUGUAUUUGUUCCGUGUGAAUCUCGUGUAAUUUUGGUGGUGCGCACCACGCUCUCUGUAAGAACCGCUCAUCCUUGCCGAUGCGGGAGGUUGGUUGUCGUGUAUCACGAUUUGUAGCUGACUGCGUUCGAGCGUAUUGUGAGUGAUUUUGUCUGUUGCUGUGUGUUUUAGCUAUAUGAGUCCGGUGGCGUUUUUCUAUUCGACGUUUUGUUUUCGGAGAACGAGAGCCGGCUGUGCUGGUGCACUAGGUGGUAGAAAGGCUGGAAAACAUUCUGUGUGGUUGGGAUUUCGAAUCCCGGGGAAGGGCUUCUCUGCAUGCAGUAAGCAACCUGGAGCUUGUAGU